AUUCUAUUAACGUAAUUCUUUUUAUACCUGUUAUCAAAAUGUAUCAGUAUGAAUAUGUACUCGACUUUAAAUGAUCAUUAUUUUGUUAAAUUUAAUUAAUGAAAAAUUUGCGUGCUGUUUUAUUUUUAAUUUGUGCUGUCUUUGUGUGUAAUUUAAAGGCAAACAUCCAAGAAAAGUUGCCUUUUCAAGCAGGUUUAAUAAUUUUUCGUGAAAAUAUCCAAAAAUUUUGCGGGGGUUCGCUAAUAUCGCCUUUUUUUGUUUUAAGUGCAGCACAUUGUACUUUUGGCGCAAAAAAAAUCCAAGUAAUUUUAGGCGCCAACAACUACAAAGAAAAUGAAAAAUCGCAAGUGGUUGUAACCACUAAAUUAUGGAACAAUCACGAACAAUUUAAUAACACUGACUUUACAAACGACAUAUCCCUUAUAAAAUUACCAUACAAAAUAUUAUUAAACCAACAAAUAAACACAAUUAAAAUAGGAAGAAAUACUAAAAACACAAACAUAUUCUACAGCGGGUGGCCGGAGGGUACUAAAAACAAUAAUGGUUAUUUGAAAGUAAUUAAAGUAAAAAUAUUAACGAACAAUAUUUGCGGGGGAAUUUACAAAAAUAUUAAGGAUAGCAAUAUUUGUACGAUUUCAAAUGAUAAUAAUUCUACAGGGUGUUAUGGUUUUUCAGGGGGGCCUUUGAUAGAGAAUAAUAAACAGAUUGGUAUUGUUUCUUAUGGUUCGAAAAAUUGUGAUAAAUCCAUACCUAUAGUGCAUGUAAAUUUGUUGAAGUAUUUUAAAUGGAUUAAAAGGAAUAUGGAAUUUAAUUGAUUUAAAUAUACUUUUGCAUAUACUAAUAAAAAUAUUAGUAUACAAUAUC